CCGGGAAGAGCUGCGGGCUCGCAGGCCAGCCUUGCUUUCGUGGCCCGUAAGAACCCUCUGCCUCAGAGGCCUUUCGUGGCUCCAGGGGGUCACUCCCCUCCUGUCUGCCCGCCGCACGCGGCCGAGGCUGGGGCCGCAGCCUUGAGACCGGUGCCCCGGGCCCUUCCCACCUGCCCUGACUGUGUCAGGCAAACACAGGCCGCUCCUGCUUCCUGAGACUUGGUCUCUGGCCAUGUCGCCAGGGCCUGGCCGUGGGGACAGGACCUUGCUGCCCUCGGUGGCCUCCCGUGGUCACUCUGGGCCUCGGGCUGCCCCAGCCCGAGCCAGUGGGGGGCAGGACGCUGCUCUCCGGCCCCAGGCCUCGGGCGUUCCUGGCAAGAGCCUGCUGCUGGGACGACUCCUUUCGCCUCCGUCCCCACUGUCUCCACGGGAGCCACGCGUGUGCUGUUCGGGGGAAGCAUUGGGUUUGCCAGCUCCUUUCUUUGGGUCACUUUCCAGAUCAGAGCUCGAAGCGGCUAAUAAGCAACACGGUUGCCCAGAAAUGGGGCAGCUUCCUUCCCCGGGGCUGGUGUGCAGGGAACUAGGGGCAGCGCCCGCCGGGCUGGCCGGGCCUGGGAGGAGCAGAGGUGGGUCCUGGAGCUCAUCCUCGGUGUGGUGCCCGCAGGGUCUUCAAGUUCAAGUGGCAGCAGACGCCUGUGCCCACAACCCAAGUCCGGGAAGGAGAGCGCGUGGAGGGCUGAGCUCCGGUCCCUCCGUCCGCUUCCAAACGCCCGUGUUUGUCUCGCCCGCAGGGGGGUCGCUGACCAAGCUGGCCUACUACUCCACGGUCCAGCACAAAGUCGCCAGGGUGAGGUCCUUCGACCACGCGGGCCAGGACGCGGAGCAGGACUGCGAGUCGCCCUACGAGAUCUCUGUCCAGGAGGAGGUGACAGCCCGGCUGCACUUCGUCAAGUUCGAGAACAGCUAUAUCGAGGCCUGCCUGGACUUCGUCCGCGACCACCUGGUCAACACGGAGACCAAGGUCAUCCACGCGACCGGGGGCGGGGCCUACAAGUUCAAGGACCUCAUCGAGCAGAAGCUGGGGCUGCGGGUGGCCAAGGAGGACGUGAUGACGUGCUUGAUAAAGGGGUGCAACUUCGUGCUGAAGAACAUCCCCCAGGAGGCCUUCGUGUAUCAGAAAGACGCCGACCCCGAGUUCCGAUUUCAGACAAACCACCCCCACAUUUUCCCGUAUCUCCUGGUCAACAUCGGUUCUGGCGUCUCCAUAGUGAAGGUGAAGACGGAGGACAGGUUCGAGUGGAUCGGCGGCAGCUCCAUUGGAGGCGGCACCUUCUGGGGGCUCGGGGCCCUGCUCACCAAGACACAGAAGUUCGAUGAGCUGCUGCAUUUGGCCUCCAGGGGGCAGCACGCCAACGUGGACAUGCUGGUGCAGGACAUCUAUGGCGGCGCCCACCAGACGCUGGGGCUCAGCGGCAACCUCAUCGCCAGCAGCUUUGGGAAGUCGGCCACCACCGACCAUCCCGCCCCAGAGUUCUCCCCGGAGGACAUGGCCAAGAGCCUGCUGCACAUGAUCAGCAACGACAUCGGGCAGCUCGCCUGCCUCUACGCCAGGCUGCACGGCCUGGACCGCGUGUACUUCGGCGGCUUCUUCAUCCGAGGCCACCCUGUCACCAUGCGCACCAUCACCUACAGCAUCAGCUUCUUCUCCAAGGGGGAAGUCCAGGCGCUGUUCCUGAGGCACGAAGGCUACCUGGGCGCCAUCGGGGCGUUUCUCAAAGGAGCCGAGCAGGACAACCCCGACCAGUACAGCUGGGGCGAGAACUACGCGGGCAGCUCCGGGCUGAUGAGCUCGUCCCCCGAGCUCGGCCCCACGCAGGGGGCGAAGAUCCCCAGUUCGACCUCCUGGAAAUGGACCGGCUGGAGAGGCCGCUGGUCAACCUGCCGCUGCUCCUGGACCCGGCGUCCUACGUGCCCGACACGGUGGACCUCACGGACGACGCCCUGGCCCGCAAGUACUGGCUCAGCUGCUUCGAGGAGGCCCUGGACGGGGUGAGGGGCCGCGGCUCAGGUCCCAGGCAGUGACCCCGUGAGGGGGAGGCGUCCCGGGAGCUGGUCCCCCUGAGGGCAGGGCCGCUGUGCUCCUUGGGGGCAUGGCUCCUGGGGUCCGAGGGGACGGUGAGCUGGGACGAGGCCCAGUGGGGCUGGCUGUGUAUGAACCCCUGGCUGGUCACUGCGCUGCCUGGGGGGCCGGCUCUUCAGCGUCAUCUUCAAGUUCGAGGUCCCGGCCGAGUGAGGCCCGGCCGCGGCCGACAGGCAUCAGGGAUGGACUGGGACGGCGACAGGGACGCUGCGUCCGAUAUUUAUGUUGUGCUUCUGUGACUCAGGCGGGCGCGGCGGGCCUGUUCCCGGCGGCGGGCCGUUCCUCACGCUGCCGUGUCCGUGCUGGGAGGCACUGUCUGCCCGGGACAUUCGUAUUGGAAUGUAUUUAACUGUUAAAUAACCUUUUAUAUAUGUUAAAUAUAUAUAUAUGCCUGUGUCUGACAGGGCGCAGGCGCGAGGCACGCACCAAAUAGAAUUUCUAGAGCGAGA